AAACAUGAUAACAGAAAAGCUUUCCUCCGCUCCGCGCUGUCGGGCUGUCCUCAACCCCGAUCACUUGAAACUCAAAUAAGAAGGCGUGAAGAAGAAGCCAGGGGAUCGCAGAGUGUCCUAUCAGCGGGGAAUAACACGAGACCUUUAUACCAUCACACACACACACGCACACACAUCCUUUCAUAUGCUCUUUGCGCAUCGCAGAUCUCACAAAGUGCUCGUGUUCAACUACAGUGAAAGUUAACAUGUAUAUGCACGCUUUGAUCCGCGCCAGCUUUGGAUUUGUAGGUUUCUGCUUGGUCGCCUUUGUCCAACAGUCAGCUUCAGGAAGUAAGACCACUCAAGAUGUGGACGAGUGUGCCGAGGCGCUUGACAACUGCAGCAUCGAUGCCAUCUGCCAGAACACCCUGAAGUCAUACAAAUGUAUCUGCAAGUCAGGCUAUAAAGGAGACGGCAAACAUUGUGAAGAUGUCGACGAGUGCGCCACUGAAUACAACGGCGGCUGUGUCCACGAGUGCAUCAACAUCCCUGGAAAUUACAGGUGCACAUGCUAUGAUGGCUUCCGCUUGGCACAUGAUGGACACAAUUGUCUAGAUGUGGAUGAGUGCUCAGAAGGCAACGGCGGAUGCCAACAGAUUUGUGUCAACAUGAUGGGCAGCUACGAGUGCCGCUGCAGAGAAGGAUUCCUCCUGAGUGACAACCAGCAUACUUGUAUCCAAAGGCCCAAAGCGCAACCAGAAGGCACAAAAGAAGGACCCACCUGCAUGGACAAAAAUCACGGCUGUGCUCACAUCUGCAGGGAAACACAGAAAGGUGGCAUCUCCUGCGAGUGUCGGCCUGGAUUCCAGCUCACCCGUAACAUGAAGGACUGCAAAUUAACGUGCAACUAUGGUAACGGGGGUUGCCAGCACAUCUGCGAGGAGACAGAUCACGGCCCCAAGUGUUCGUGCCACAUGAAGUUCGUCCUGCACAGCGAUGGAAAGACUUGUGUAGGGGAGAGGAGUGUCCAGUCCCAGGCAGCCCCACAGCUGUUCCCCAAUGAGACCUGUGCAGUGAACAAUGGAGGCUGUGAUAGCACAUGUCACGAUUCAGUGACGGGAGUCCGCUGCAGCUGUCCUGUUGGCUUCACUCUGCAGCCGGACCGCAAGACCUGCAAAGAUAUUGAUGAGUGCCGUCUCAACAAUGGCGGAUGUGAUCAUGUGUGUCGAAACACAGUAGGCAGCUUUGAGUGCAGCUGCAAGAAAGGCUACAAGCUGCUGACCAACGAGAGGACUUGUCAAGACAUUGAUGAGUGCUCUUUUGACCGCGCCUGUGACCACUUUUGUGUCAACUCCGCCGGCAGUUUCCAGUGCCUCUGUCAUAAAGGCUACGUCCUCUACGGCCUAGCACACUGUGGAGAUAUUGAUGAAUGCAGUAUAAAUCACGGAGGUUGUAAAUAUGGCUGCGUCAACACACUGGGGAGCUACGACUGUACCUGUCCAACGGGACACAAGCUGCACUGGAACAGGAAAGACUGUAUCGAGCUGGUGAGAUGUCCUCCGGGACUUGCGGCACCAAAAGCGACUCUAACCUGCAGCAAAACAGGGAAGAAAGAGAGUUGCUCGCUCACAUGCGCCUCCAAGGCUCACUAUCUAGCAGAGUCUGAUAACAGCUACUCAGUGAGCUGUGGUAUCCCCAUCCUCAGAGGGAAGUCUCCUGCCAGGUUCAACUCCAGCAGCAGUCAGAGCUGCAUAGAGACUUUGGCGCCUCCAGUGAAGCAGACGGCUUCUUUCAAGAUUAAAAACGCCAAAUGUCACCUGCACCCGAAGCUGACCGGCAGGACGGAGGACAGAGGACGGACACUCGGUCCAGGAGGUGGGCAGCCCUGCAGUAACUGCCUGGUGACAUUUGUCAACCUAAAGUGUGACUCCUCUAAGAAAGCCAAAGGGCGACGAGCACGAAACCCUUCAAACAAAGAGGUGACAAGGAUUACGUUAGAGCUGGAGGCUGAAGUCAAACCUGGAGACACAACAGGCAGUUGUAAUCUCAGCUGCCUUAGACAGCGCAUGGAGAAGCAGGUGAAGAUGUACAUCAAGGCUCUGAAGAAAUCUAUCAACCAGGAACGUUUCCUGAUCAGAGUUGCUGGGUUGGAGUACGAGGUUGCUCAAAAACUUCCCCAGGCUACUCCAAGUCAAGAGAACUGUGGGCCAGGCUGGGAGAGGGACAGUGGGAGAUGUGUCAGAUGCUUGUCAGGGUCUUACUACCACGGUGAGCAGGAGCGCUGCGUCCAGUGUCCACCUGGCACUUUCCAGGAGAGGGAGGGGCAGCUGGCCUGCGACCUCUGCCCAGGUACUGAUGGACACGGGCCUGUUGGAGCUCGAAACAUCUCCUCAUGUGCAGGUCAAUGUCCAACUGGGCACUUCUCCAGCGAUGGCUUCAAACCUUGCCAGCCGUGCGCUCAGGGAGCCUACCAGCCAGAUUUGGGACGGACUCUGUGCUUCCCCUGUGGGGGAGGACUUAGCACGAAAAGGGAAGGUGCCAGCUCCUUCCAUGAUUGUGAGGUCAAAGUCCAGUGCUCUCCAGGUCAUUAUUACAACACCACAGUACACCGGUGUAUCCGCUGCCCAGUAGGGACCUAUCAGACAGAGUUCAGACAGAACUACUGCAUCUCCUGCCCUGGAAACACAACCACUGACUUUGAUGGUGCCACGAGUGUCUCGCAGUGCAAGAACAGGCAAUGUGGUGGUGAGAUGGGCGAAUUCAUGGGUUACAUUGAGUCACCUAACUAUCCCGGCAAUUAUCCCGCUAAUGUGGAAUGCAUCUGGAACAUCAACCCGCCCAGCAAACGCAAAAUCCUGAUUGUGGUGCCAGAGAUUUUCCUGCCCUCAGAGGACGAGUGUGGGGAUGUGUUGGUCAUGAGAAAGAACUGGUCAGCCACAUCCAUCACCACCUACGAGACGUGUCAGACGUACGAGCGGCCCAUUGCCUUCACAGCUCGCUCCAGACGACUCUGGAUUAACUUCAAGUCCAACGAGGCCAACAGCGCCCGGGGCUUUCAGAUCCCCUACGUUACUUAUGAUGAGGACUAUGAACAGCUUGUCGAGGACAUCGUAAGAGAUGGAAGACUCUACGCCUCUGAAAAUCACCAAGAGAUCCUCAAGGAUAAAAAACUGAUUAAGACUCUUUUCGAUGUGCUGGCUCAUCCAAACAACUACUUCAAGUACACCACUCGGGAGUCCAACGAGAUGCUUCCUCGCUCCUUCAUCCGUCUCAUAAGCAGCAAAGUCUCCGCUUUCCUGCGACCUUACAAGUAAAGCUCACACAGCUGCUGCUGAAGACUCGGAACAAACCCCCCCCCCCCUGUCCCCUGACAUCCCUCUCCUCCAAGACCCCUCUACACCUCCCACACCACAUCCCAAAACUCUCACAGGACUUAAAAAAAACAAAUACACGAGUUUACCCUCUUUUAUUUUUCCACAGGCUUUGACAAUAAACACUAUGCAGACCUGAGAAACACUGAAAAUCAGAUGUUUUUAUGUUUUUUGUCAGUAUGCAUUCAGAGCAGGUCUGCAGUCCAGAGCUCAAACUUUAAGUGGGGGUGGAGAGUUUGUGAGUGGGUUUGGUUUCUUUCACCUUACGCAAUGAAACCACAAAAUAAAAAAAACAGAAAAAAAAGAAACGCCCCUUUCAGGCAGUAGGAGUGAAGUUUGGUGUGAGUGGUUUGAGCCUGACAAAGCUUGUUAUUGUGUUUGCUUAAACGAGCAGUCUGAGUCCCAGUCUGACUCCUACCAUUAAGUAUGACUGUAAGUGUUGUGUAAGUGUUGUAACCCUUGGUCCAUCUUCAGCGUCUGUGUGCUGUCCUCUAGGAGGAGCAGUUGUUAGAUUCACGUCGCAGCUGUGAUCCCCGUCAGUCAAAGCCUUACUAUAUUGGAGCUCUUAGAGCCGUUUCCAGGGGUUUUACUGUUAAAACAGUUAAUCUAUGUUUUGUUCCGUCUGUCUAGACUGUACCAGCGUUUCCAACAUGCAGAGUUUCUGUUGCUUGCUCUUUUUUUUUUCAUUUAUAACACAAAGCAAAUACUAAAAAAGGUGGUUUAACAUUCCAAGAUCAUAGAGGACAUUUGGGAGACCAAUAACUAAUAAUUGUGAGAGCCACAGAAAUGAGAUAAUGUGAUGUCUAGAGGAACACGUCUCUGAGAGAGAGAGAGAGAGAAAGAGAGAGAGAGAGAGAAAUGUCUGUGAGGGACAUUAUGUUUGCUGCUUCUUUUAAAAGGUCACUUUAAUUCUUCAGUCUCAUUGUCUUUCUGAUGAACUCUACACGCUAAUAGUCUUUAGGUUUAAAGCCUCUGAAAUACUUCAGACCUUAAACAGCUAGUUAAUCUCACAUUGCCUGUCAGUGGACUACUAGUUUGUCUGUUUUUAAUUUCAAUCUUGUAAAUAAUGAAAAUAAAUUAGACGAGGGUUGAAUUAUUUGAUCCUAAUUUUCUUAAGCAGGACCCCCCCACCCAAAAAACAAUCCCCUCUGCCCCAUUCAAGCCUCGUUCAGACGCCCCACUCACACAUUGUUCUGUCCCGAUGGAGACAGCUCUUCCAAAGACCGCCCAGAGAGGGCGACUCACUUUGUUUUGUGCACUAAAUUAACAACACGUCAUCCUACCUUUGUAGUAUACAAAGUGCAAUGAAUGAAAAGGACACACCUUGAUUCUGGAUUCGCCCUUUUAUGACCAACAACAGUCUGUGAGACAUGUUCGACUCAUCGUGUCAAAAAUUUUAAUGUCACUUUGAGUAGAAGAUGUUUCUCUUAGUUUGUCUGUCAAAAAAGGGUAAAUAACUGAAUUUUUGGUGUGUAGAAAUUUUUUCCACACAGCGACCAAAACAGGGUAAAAUCAUGAGUUUGUAUUGAAACAGAUUUUAACGGUUAAAAGAAGAUGACUUUAGGAAUGACAUUUUGGGAAAGAUUUUUUUUGCUUUCUUGCAGAGAGUGAGAAGAGAUUGAAACCACUCAUCUCUUCUGUUAUAUUUGGUCUGAUGACCAAUAGACUGUUAGCUUAGCACAGAUAUUGGAAAUAGAGACAGAGCUGGCCGGUCUCUUUUCACUAGAUGAGUCAGUAGGGUUCUUCCUCGUCACUCACUACUGCUGUGACUGUCGUGGGUCAAACGGAGUGGUCUGUUUUUUCUCCGCAAAGUGUUUCGGUUUCAUUCAAUGACACCACUUCCUGGAGUCUGUGCUUGCGGAGGGACUCAAUGCUAGAAAGGGAAAACGGUUGUUUCCUUUAAAGUCACUAUUACCAGACGGCAGUCAAAUAGGAACAAUUAUCCCUUUCCCUUAUCUUGUAUAUUAAACCUGAUUCUUUUCUUCUCCAAUAUGUUAUUAAAUUUAAAGAUAAAACAGUUGUCCCCACUUGUGUAAAUAAAAUAAGUGUUUGGUGCACUUAUAAUUGUACCAGACUGAACUUUAAGUAUCCAGAACUUGAGGAUGACACUAAAGGGAUUCUGACCCCAUAGGAAAAGUUGUGGAUGAAGCUAGGCCAAUCUGCAAGAGCCUUGUACUAGAUUCAAAUUCCUCUUCAUACAUGUUUUUAACUUUAGCCACGGAUCAAAUAAAUCUAAUAUUUUGUAUUCUAAUAAAAUGUACGUCAUAUAAACAGUCGGCAUCCUAGUGUGCUCACUAAGCCCAGUAGACCCCCUCCAGAAUCAGCUUCUUUCCUGCAGCCUGUUUUCUUUUUUUUGUUCUCUUGAAUUGUUGCCUUUUAACGAGAGUUUGCUAUGAUGUAUCAUAGAGUUGAUAAUGAUAUUUGCACUUGAAUUGUUCUUGCUCAUGUAAAGAAAAAUUGUCUGGAUUUUUGUAUUGUCUUUUUAAAUGAAUGGAAUUGGUGUUCUUAUUUUUCUUGUAGCUUGUUUGUUUCAUGAAAUGCUCAUUCACCGUUUAGUCUAUAGAGAUGAUACACAUAACAUUAUCGACUGUAAGAAAUAGAAACUAUGUACAGAGGUGAAUGAAACAAGUUUGUACUUGUUACUGCCCAAAACACUUAUCAAAAUAAACAUACUGUACUUCAGCUCCA